AUGACAGAAUCCCCACAAUAUGCGAUGGUGCAACCGAUCACGCCUGUCAGCCCUAAUGGCACCAUCACGUCAGAGAAAACAGAGCGGCCGGAGAAGGCGGAUGAGUGGACGAGGCUAAAAGACCGGGCAGAGAGGCGAAAAGUCCAAAAUAGAUUGAACCAGCGAGCGAGGAGAAAGAGGCAGCGUAUGCAAGUGCAAAACAAAGAUGCUCAUCCCAAGAGUGUGGGGGCACCUACUGCGUUAUCAUCUUCGUCUUCGUCCACAGCACUAGUCUCUUCAAAAAGCAGCACCUCAUCAACGGAAUCAUGGACGCAGAUUAGUUGCCCAAACAUGUCCUGGGUACGAAGCGUGCUAAAUGAGUUCGCCGAGGUAGCCUUUCAAAGCUACAUGCUUGGGUCUCCAACCUCAGACCAUCUCCUGACCCUGACGAAAGUCAACGUCUUUCGAGCCUUUGGGCACAAUAUACGUCUCACAGGUGGCAAUAUGGACGAUAUGGACGACGAUGCAAUCUCGAAUUUCAACACACUCAACCUUGCAAAUUCACAGAAUGAAAGCAAUAUCCCACCAAGUCUUCGACCUACCAAGGUUCAAAGGACGGUACCACAUCACCCCUGGCUAGAUUUCUUUCCAAUUCCCAAAAUGCGGGACAAUCUCAUUCAGGCUGGUGAGGAUUGGAAUGACGGCGAGCUAUGUCUUGACAUCAUGGGAUUUUGGACCGAAUCGGGCGCAGAUGCAGGACUUCUUGUCUGGGGGGAGCCUUGGGAUGCGAGGAACUGGGAGCUGACAGAGGCUUUCUUGAAGAAAUGGCAGUGGGUUGUAAGGGGGUGUCCGGAGCUGAUGAACUCUACAAAUGCAUGGCGUGCAAAACGUGGAGAGAAGUUGAUUUUUAGAUAUAUUUAA